GUGUGUCAUUGUCUGCUGCUCCUCGAUAUAGAGGACUUGGAACCCGGUUGGAAAUCAGGAUUAAGCAAAGAUGAGCAGUUAAGCAGGGAGCGUGACGUGUUGUUGCACUCGGGGUGUGUUAACGAGGGAUCACACACACACACACACUCUCUCCUCUCUUGGACUGUGAAAGGCUGCAGGAAACAGCGAACGUGCCUCAGCCCACACAGGAUUAUUAUAGGGCUGGAAUACUGCCGCUUCCCCAACUUUUUGUGGAAGAGACAACGAGAGUCUUGAAGUGCACAAGGCAAGUUCAAAUAUCGCCAUGAAUUCAGAGGCCGAAGUGACCAUCUCCCAGACAAUUGUGAAUGGGCUUCCAACAAACCAACAGCACCGUGACCGAGAAAUGGAUCCAUCAAAAAUCACCGUGGGAAAGGGGUCAGUGACAAUGCGGAUAGCGGGAAAUGUGGAACCUCAGGACCCUGGCGCACCUCCAAAUCAGGACACCCAGCAAGCAGCCAGUGCUGAGCUGCCAAGUUCAGAGUCAGAUGGCUGGAUGCCACCUUCAACUGUUGACACUAAUGGAGAUGUCACUUCAUCAUCAUUGGCAGCCAAAGGGUUUCGAAGUGUGCGACCCAAUCUGCCAACUGACUACAAAACACAAUUUCAGCCACCUCCUCUCCCCCCACCCCCUAAGGAAGAGAGCUUUGCAUGGCGUCCCUCCAACAAGGUUAAGCCAUCUUACUUUGUGCCAGUCCCCAUUCUGGAUUAUGUGCCCAUUAGACCUGAGCAGUCGCCUGCGCCCGGGCAUUCAGCACCACCCAGCGUUUGCAACGAGGAACCCCCUUUCACAGGCUUUGGCACCAGCUCAAAGUCCGCAAACUGCUCGACUGAGGUAGGGCUGCAUGCUGGCCAGACUGUCCCCCACUCGCUGUCGGGUUGGCUUACUGAGACCACCACCCCCCAGCCUGCCCGGUGGGCCAGUACCCCUGUCACCGGAUCUGCUGGUGGCCCCACCCCAGGGAGAAAGGUCAGUAAUCUGUACAUAGCACGUUUGUCUAAUAACCCUGGCCUUUGCUCAGUUGGAGAUUCCACCCACAAUGCACCCGAGAGAUCAGAAGGUUGGGAAGUUGAUGCACUCUCUGCACCAGCCACCAGAGCCCAGUUGCUUGUGACAACCACUGCUGAUUCUCCCCCACCAGUUCCCUGCAAACCUUUGCUUAAGGUGUUCUUGCCUAGGGUCGAGAGUGGCAGUGUCCAGACCAGCGUCUCUCAGUUAAAGCCAUCGCCUCAGUUGUACAGUGGAAACUCAACGCUGGAUCAGGAGAAGACAUCCACGGCGACUACUGUGAGACAGGAGGCACAGGGCCUGUCUUCCGCCCACCAGAGUCCUGCUCAAUGGGCAGACGCCUACAGUGUGGAUGUUGAGUCCACUGUAAGUGGAGGAGAAUCGCCCGCUGUGAGCUUGCAGUCGUAUCCCAGCCUUAUCUCGUCCAGCAGGUUUUCGGCCUACCCAUCCACUACCUUCGUGAACCCUACGAUCGUCUUGCUGCAACACAACCGAGAACAACAGAAGCGCUUGAACAACCCGCCAGAUUCCGUGCCAGACACAUUAACUGAUCAGAGAGCAGAAGUUACAGCUGCAGCAGAAACCCUCCCUUCUGUCCACACGACAGGGGCAAUGGACAGCAAACGCCAGAAAAUCGCACGGAUACCUCAAUCUUCCUUCAUCGCACCUGAGGAUCUCGGUAUCAAGAAUGUUGAGAGGCCCAAAGAUUGGUACAGGACAAUGUUCAAACAGAUCCACAAAGUCAGCAAAGACACUCCUGAGGAAAAUCCGUAUCACCCCACCUACAGUUUCCCCGAGCUUCCUGAAUGCCAGCAGAAAAGAGAAGCAGAUGAAAAUCCUUACCAGCCCAGCUACACGUUUCCUGAGACAACACCCAGUCCUAAGCCUGAAGAAAAGAUCACUUACACCCCAACCUAUGUCUUCUCAGAGAUUGCUAAGAGAAAUUUUCUCGAAGAUAACGACCUGGAGUAUUAUUCCCCGCGGUAUCAUUACACCGAGGAGAUGAAAAGUCAGACUUUUGUGCCUCGUUCCAAAAGCGUAGGAGAUGCCAUUGACUCUGAGAUCGUUGAGCGGAGAUCAGCUACACUGCCUCUACCCACUCGAUCAUCAUCAUUGAAGCCACUCUCUGAAAGGAACGACUGGGGACCUCUGGACAAGAAAGUCGAUACGAGGCGGUACCGUGCAGAACCAAAAAGCAUUUUUGAUUAUGAACCUGGAAAGUCUUCUGUCCUUGCUCACGAGAAAACGAAGACGGAAGAAAGCAGCGAGCUAGACCCAGCACUGGCAUUCAUACAGAAUAACACCCUGAGCUACAAAAAUGGACAGCUACAGAGCGAAAAUCAUUCAAAUCAUCAUGAAGGAACAGGAAGAGAUAAUCGGGACAUUAGUCCGGAAGAAAUAGAUUUAAGGAAUGAACCUUGGUAUAAGUUCUUUUCGGAGCUGGAGUUCGGCAAGCCGCCUCCAAAAAAGAUUUGGGAUUAUACACCAGGAGAAUGCUCUAUCCUUUCUGUAGAGGAUAGAAAGGAUCAGCUAGAAAAAGAUCUAUAUCUGUACCAGGCUGAGCUAGACACAGACUUGGAAAAGAUGGAGAAGAUUUUUCGAAGCCAGGACGCAUGGAUGUACAAGAGUGCAGCACUGAGUUCUCCCUUGGAAACCCCGUCCGAGCGCUCAAAUUAUUCCGCAUUUUCAUCUGAUUCCCAGGCAGUGAGAAGGCAGUCGGAGAUAGGUACAGGGGAGCCGAUCAGCCAGGAGAACGAAAGGCAGAUCUACAAGACAGUUCUGGAAGGAGGAGAUAUUCCGUUCCAGGGGUUGAGCGGCUUGAGCAAGCGAACAUCCAGCUCCUCUUCAACCAAAGUAGAGUCAGACUCUCCAAGGCUGUCCGCUCCAAUCGAGCGCAUGGAGACCCCUGAGGAAAUGUGUCGCCGUCGCCAAGAAGACAAGGAGAGACUGUUAGAGGAGCAAAGACGGCUUAGACGGGAACAAGAGGAAGCUGAUAUUGCAGCCAGGAGGCACACGGGGAUCGCUCUUACACAUCACCAGUUUAUCACUAAUGACAGAUUUGGGGACCUCCUUGACAUAGACGAGGCAGCAAGGAGGAGAUCUGGGUCAGAGAUGUUGCCAGCCAGAGCUAAGUUCGACUUUAAGGCGCAGUCUCUGAAGGAGCUGCCAUUUCAGAAGGGAGACAUUGUCUACAUUUACAGACAGAUAGACCAGAACUGGUAUGAAGGAGAGCACCAUGGAAGAGUUGGCAUCUUCCCCAGAUCGUACAUCGAGCUUCUGCCUCCAACGGAACGGGCCCAACCCAAAAAGGCUCCACCCCUCCAGGUGCUGGAAUAUGGUGAGGCUGUGGCUCGCUUCAACUUUAAUGGUGACACCCACGUGGAAAUGUCUUUCAGGAAGGGCGAACGAAUCACACUCGUAAGAAGAGUUGACGAAAACUGGUACGAGGGCAAAAUCUCGGGCACCAGCCGCCACGGCAUUUUCCCUGUCACGUAUGUGGAUGUGAUUAAAAGACCCAGAGUGAAGAAUGCGAUUGACUAUCCCGAUCCCCCGAGCUCUUAUUCUUCAAAUCGCAGCUCAACAAGUUCCCCACAGUUCUCUGCUCGCCCUACGCCAUCUCCUCCUCCUCCUCCAUCUCACUAUCGUAGAGUGCUCUCUCCAGAUGUGCAAGCUAUCACUUCUGACUGGAUCACACUGACUAUGGGAAUAUUCCCGAGCCAGACUCCUCUUCCGACUCCUCCACUGCCUCCUCUUCCUGAAGGCUUCUACUCUGAUGGAAACUACCUUAGCACCUCGCUGGCGACCAGCCCUUCACUAACGCUUAAUUCAAGAAAUGAUAGUGGGGUCGGAGGAAGAUAUGCCAGGAGUCCGAUUGUCUUUUCUGAUUCUCCAGUUAACACCUUGAAUUCUGCCUCUCUUGUGCCUUCUCAUCAUUCAUUGCGAGGACCAGAACUCACAGAGUCUGAAAAGAGCUAUGUGGAGACGGUCUGCAAUGAGAUCAUGAACAUUGCAGAAAAGUCUGUUCAUUACUGCAGUAACCUUUCUCACCCGCUUCACUCUCGGCACAAGGUGUCUCCCCAUGACAGUAAACAAUCUUUCAUCAUUUCUCAGCAACCUCGGGGACAGCAGCGAGGGACCAGCCAAGACAGGACCCACGCUACUACUGCCCUCUUCCAAGCCUUGUACAGCUACACCCCACAGAACGAAGACGAGUUGCAGCUUAGAGAAGGAGAUAUUGUGGACGUAAUGGAAAAGUGUGAUGAUGGCUGGUUUGUCGGAACAUCCAGAAGAUCUAAGCAGUUUGGUACCUUUCCCGGCAACUAUGUAAAGCCGCUGAAUUUGUAGAGCUGGGGAUGGCAGUGGACGUCAGCCAAACAAACAACAGCACCCAGACAUCGUGGGGGACCCUUAAGCUGUUGAUUGGACAGAACAGUAAAUCAGAGUCUGUAACUUGGCAUAAACAUUCUGCUUACACUUAUGAGGUUUCUUUACUUUCACAAAAAAAUAUGGAACACGAUGAGUAAGAGAGAAAGAGUGAGGGGUACGUGAGUUUAGGGUGUGAGGUUGCUGAACACGGGAAUGCAUCGACCGUAUUGGCUGAGCUGCAGGUGGACAAGGGCUUGUUCUAUCGGAAUCAGGAUGCCGACCAGCUAUCACAGGUUAAAGCCAGACUCCCCUUUUUUUAACCCUGUGCCCUCAGGUUAGGAGCCCUGCAUCGGUCAAGUUAAUCAUUUACGGUUUGGCUGAGACACAGGAAAGGAGGAGGCUUGGGUGGCUGAGUUUCUGAUGGGGAAAGGUGCAAGAUUAGAAGCUGGGGCAGCUGUUUGCUCAGUCCCAACUUUUCAUGAUGUGGAGAACGGAGUGGAACUCAAACGCAGAAGAGUUUAUAGCCACUGGUAUCCAUUUACUGCCUGUGCAGCGCAUGUCCUUUGAUCAUCACCUGUAACCUCUCCUUUUCUACUAUAUGUAUUUUGAAUUGCUUUAUUUAAAAAAAAAACUAACAGAAAAUGACUAAACCUCAUUCCCCAGAUGAGAGGAUGUCAUCCCAAAUUUAACAAACAUAUCGCAGCUAUUUUAUUGUGCUGACGCUUUUUUAGAACAAGUUACUUUAACACGUUUGUUAACAAUUGAUAACGUCUAAUUAGAGCUGCAACACUUCUAAUAUUUUACAGCCUCACAAACAAUAUAUUAUAUAUAUAUAUAUAUAUAUAUACACAUACAUAUAUAUAUAUUAAAAAAAAGCACACCCUCCCCAAAGGGAAUCAACCCAUUGCUGGGGGUAAAGCUUUGUGUAAAUAUGUACAUUUGAUUUUGUACAUAAAUGUGUACUUAUGCUGUAUAGAAAAUAAUUUAACAAAAAGGAAUUUAAGUGGCGGACUGAAAGCAGGACAAAAAAAAACACUCCUUGCUCUUUACUUUGACAAUUUAUCUGAAAGACAAAGAACUCUAUAGUUAUCUGAGGGAAAUACUUGGCACCAAAACACAGCACAUGCAAAUUGUGUGUUUUUUAAAAAAAAGAAAAUCACCACUGCUGGGGAAUUAAACUGCUCUUGUAUGUACCGGAAGUUCACCAGUAAAAUCACUUUCUGUUUACCGUGCAGAAGAUUCUCUUCAUAAACCACCAGUAAAUCACGGACAGGCUGCGGCAUACCGGUUUUACAUAAGCAAAACACUUACAUGCGUUUUAUUUACCACUUUUCUGUGAGCUGCAAGUCUUUAUAUCCGAACAAUGCAGCACAUCUGUUGAGCUAUUUUCUUUAUUGCUCUGCUUCAUGAUUUGAUAAUGAAGAUAAGAGCCUCUCUUUACUGCUGUGGUUGCAAAAUGCGAUAUUUAAUAAACUUUAAUUCAAGCCA